GGAGGCCUGCGCCAGUGUCCGUCAGACCGCCGAGCGCGUUGGGCCUCCCGCUCCCCGCGUCUCGCUCGGCUCGCGAUCGUACCACGGUACCACUCGUACAGUAGCCAGCUCCGUCGCGAGUGCAUUAUGACAGUAGUGAGCUAGCGGGUGUGACAGUGUCCAUUUAUGUGUGUGUGCACGUGCUAGUGUAGUGUUAGCUUGGGCCCGUGACAGAAAACGUUCGUGGUGGCCAGCGGAGCCUUGCACCCGGGCUCGGGCCGAGCUCACAUGGCUCAGCCUAGGUACGACGAAAGCCUCCACGGCGGAGGCUACAUGGAGGGCGGCGCGAUGCACUACGAGCACCGCCUUGCCCACGCGCACCUCCCGCCGGUGCACUACCCCCCGCCCGCCGCGCCGGCGCACGCGCUGCCCGGCGAGCCGCUCGUCCACAAGCGGGACAAAGACGCCAUAUACGGGCACCCCCUAUUCCCCCUGCUGGCGCUGAUCUUCGAGAAGUGCGAGCUGGCAACGUGCACCCCCCGAGACCCGGGGGUCGCGGGAGGAGACGUAUGCUCGUCCGAGUCCUUUAACGAGGACAUCGCUGUCUUCAGCAAACAGAUACGCCAAGAAAAACCUUAUUACAUAGCGGACCCCGAGGUCGACUCAUUAAUGGUGCAAGCGAUACAAGUGCUACGGUUUCACCUAUUAGAAUUAGAAAAAGUACACGAGCUGUGCGACAACUUCUGCCACCGCUACAUCAGCUGCCUGAAGGGCAAGAUGCCCAUCGACCUGGUGAUCGACGAGCGGGAGUCGGCGCGGCCCCCCGACGCCAACGGCGAGCCGCGCUCCGCCCCCGACAGCAGCCACGACGGAGCCUCCACGCCCGACGUCAGACCGCCGUCGUCGUCGCUCUCGUACGGCGGUGCGGUGAACGACGACGUGCGCUCGCCCGGCUCCGGCGGCACCCCCGGCCCCCUCAGUCAGCCCCCGCCGCAGACCCUCGACGCGACAGAUCCAGAUGCCAUGGGCAAAUGGUGUCCGUCGCGGCGCGAGUGGUCGUCGCCGCCGGACGUGGCGCGACGGGUAUACUCCUCCGUCUUCCUGGGCAGCCCGGGUGAGUACCCAGGCGAUGCCAGCAACGCGAGUAUCGGCUCGGGUGAAGGCACGGGGGAGGAAGAUGACGACACGAACGGCAAAAAGAACCAAAAGAAGCGAGGCAUCUUCCCGAAGGUUGCAACCAACAUUCUGCGGGCGUGGUUAUUUCAACACUUAACGCAUCCGUACCCUUCGGAAGACCAGAAGAAACAAUUAGCACAGGAUACAGGGUUAACGAUACUACAAGUAAAUAAUUGGUUUAUCAACGCGAGACGUAGGAUAGUGCAGCCUAUGAUAGACCAGUCAAAUAGAGCAGUGUUCUACCCCGCAGUGUUCCCGCACGCAGGCCCGAGCGGCGCGUACAGUCCCGAAGCCACCAUGGGCUACAUGAUGGAUGGCCAGCAGAUGAUGCACCGGCCGCCAGCUGACCCCGCCUUCCACCAGGGCUACCACUACCCCGCCGAGUACUACGGCCAUCAUCUCUAAUGAUACUUCUUGUAAAUAUAUGAAUAACAGUGACAUCGUCCGGUCCUCGCUCCACCAACCGAGGCCGGCGGACAGCGCUCGAGACUAUGGCUCCGACACACUGCAGCGACACGGACCCGCCGCGACCCCGGGCGACACCGGCGCGACCACGUGCGACCUGCCGCGACGCAAGUGCGACCACUCGCGACACAAGCACGACCAAGCGCGACCCCGCGCGUCCCUCGCGGUCACGUGACACGAACAAACAGGAGAACGAUGCUACAUGUACAUAACGCGACAUUUUGUAAUAUUUGAAACAGUAUACGAUCUCCUAAAUUAAGAUUUAAAGUCAACUUUAAUGUUUAAAUUAAUGUAAAUGUAAAUUUACGCGAAGUGACACUGUGGACGCUGUAAUAUAACUGGUGCAAUCACCUAAUUAUAAAUAAAACGGUUUUAUCAUUCGGAACAAUAGGAGCAAAGUUGAUGAAUGUAACAAUAAAAAACGGUUUGAUAGUUAUCGUAUAAAUAUUUAUAGCUAAUUGUGUAUUGUUAUUACGUAAAUAUAAAUAAAUAAUUGAAUAGUUGUAAGUUGUAACUAUCACUGGAAGUACUUGGGUGUCGCAGUGGACAGGACGGUAAUAGAAAACGGGACUUUUUGUAAAGGAGUUGUGUAUGGAAUAGUUUAUUUUAAGUAUGAUUUUUGAACAACUUUUGUUAUUCAAGAAUUGGCGCACACGGACGCGGCAUUUGGUGGUGAUGUAAAAAGGAAACAUUUAGUUCAAAUCCCGGCCAUCUAUUUACUAAGGCCGAGCCGUAACCGUAAGCCGAACCGCGUUAGUGUGUGUUAGUCUUUAUUUUUCGAAACCAUCGAAAUUUUCUUUGUAAAAUUCGUUACGAGCGUGUUGCAUCUGUUACCUACCAGUAAUUUAUUCACUAAUUAUUAUCAAGCUCAAAUUGUACUUCUAGAUGAACGUCAAUUUCUUGAAUUAUAAUUUUAAUUGUGACCUUGUAGUUUUUGCGUUACAGGCGAGAAACAUAUCUUCGAAUAUAUAUUUAUUGUAAUGAAUGGUAUUGCGGAUAUCAUUGUUUCACCUUGCCUUGGUGUUCAAUAAUGUAGCACAAUUUGUAACCGAUGUAUACGAUGACAAAAAAUGAUAUUU